AUGCUUAAUUCCCAAUGCACACAAUCUUGGAGAAUCAAGACGAUUUUCAACACACUUUACAACCCUUCUGAUUUUAUCACCACUCCUUCACAGGUUUUGAUGCAUGCCAUAGAUAUUUUCACCCAUCUACCAGCUUUUGGGAGAUUGAUUUAUCUGCAACUAAAUGAGGUUACUGGUGAAGCAAUGAUGGAUAUUCUUCACAAUUCCCCAAUUCUUAAUACGCUUAUUUUACAAAAUGGAGUAUCUGAAUUAAAUAAAGAUGUGUUGACUUCUGCAUCAGUGCCUCAGUGCUUUCUGUUUAGCCUCAAGGUUUUUCAGUUCAAAGAGUUUAACGUGCGUGAGCAUGAGGUUCUUAUGGCAAAAUUCGUGAUGGAAAAUGCAGCAGUGCUGGAGGAAAUGAAUAUAUGUUCUGCUUUUUGGCUACGGUAUUCAGAUAUUGACAUGGAGAAAGUUCAGAAACAGAUUCUCUCUUUUCCAAAGCGUUCCAACUCUCUCAUUGUACAAUUUUCUCACGUCAAUGGUUCCUGA